AUGGCCGAGAAGAUCGCGAUUGACAAGAACACCUUCUUCAACCAUCUCUCAAACUUCUAUGCAUCAUGGAAGGCCGACAAGCGCUCGGGAAAUACUCUCUUUGGUGGCGCCGGAUCGAUCGUGAUCCUCAUGGGCAAGACCAAGAGCGAUGAGAGCUCCUUCCAGAAAAACAAUGCUAUGCACUUCUGGCUUCUUGGCUACGAGUUUCCUGCUACCCUCUUCGUCCUAACAACCGAGGCGAUCUAUGUGGUCACAACGGCCAAGAAAGCUGAGCUCCUCGAGCCACUGAAGGGCGGAAAGAUCCCAGUCGAGCUUCUCGUGACCACAAAGGACCCAGAAUCGAAGACAAAGGCAUUCGAAAAGUGUCUUGAAGUGAUCAAGGGCGCCGGAAAGAAAGUCGGCACUCUACCCAAAGACACAACGACGGGUCCCUUCGCCGACGAUUGGAAGCGCGCAUUCUCGGAGGUAUCCAAGGAAGUGGAGGAAGUCGACAUCACACCGGCGCUUUCUAGCGCCUUUGCGAUCAAGGAUCCGGAAGAGCUGGUUUCUAUUCGCAACGCGUCCAGAGCAUGCAGUGGCUUGAUGUCGUCGUACUUCGUGGACGAGAUGUCACGUCUUCUCGACGAAGAAAAGCAAAUUACUCACAAGGCUCUCGCAGCCAAGGUGGACGCCAAAAUCGACGAUUCCAAAUUCUUCAACAAGCUGGCACGCCUCCCAUCAGAGUUUGAUGCCGAUCAGAUCGAUUGGGCUUACGGACCGGUGGUGCAGAGUGGAGGAGCCUAUGAUCUGAAAUUGACGGCAACUUCCGACGGCAAUAACCUGAAGCCGGGCAUCAUCCUGUCUAGCUUUGGAAUCCGUUACAAAACCUACAAUUCGCUCAUCGGCCGUACCUACCUGGUGGAUCCGAGCAAGUCUCAGGAAGCUAACUAUGCGUUCCUGCUCAACCUUCACGAUGCGGUGAUGAAGGAGAUUCGCGAUGGUGUGGUGGCUAAGGACCUCUACAACAAAGCACUCGGUCUCGUCCGCUCGAAGAAGCCCGAGCUUGAGAACCACCUAACCAAGAACAUCGGUGCCGGUAUCGGUAUCGAACUCCGCGAUGCGAACAUGAUCCUUAAUGCCAAGAACAACAGAGUUUUGAAGAAUGGCAUGACUCUGGCAAUCACCAUUGGCCUGACAGAUGUUAAGGAUACUGACUCCAAGUCGAAGGGAAAUGAUGUUUAUUCCAUGGUGAUCACAGACACCGUUCGUGUUGGAGAAACUGGGCCUCACAUUUUCACCAAAGAUGCCGGGAUCGACAUGGAUUCCAUCUCUUUCUAUUUUGGAGAUGAGGAAGAGCCUGAAAAGCCCGUGAAAGAGAAGAAAGAAUCAAAGUCAAGUGCCAUUGCAAGCCGAAAUGUCACGAGGACUAAACUGCGUGCCGAGCGGCCAACCCAGAUCAACGAGGGUGCCGAAGCCCGCCGUCGUGAGCACCAGAAAGAGCUUGCUGGUAAGAAGACAAAGGAAGGUCUGGACAGGUUUACAGGCACUACUGGAGACGACAACGGCGUCGCCCAAAAGAAGUUCAAGCGGUUCGAGUCCUACAAGCGCGAUAACCAGCUUCCACCCAAGGUCAAAGACUUGACCGUCUACGUCGAUCACAAGGCCUCGACUGUCAUUGUUCCCAUCAUGGGUCGGCCAGUCCCCUUCCACAUCAACACCAUUAAGAACGCAAGCAAGAGUGACGAGGGCGAGUAUGCGUAUCUGCGCAUCAACUUCCUCUCUCCUGGCCAGGGAGUGGGCCGAAAGGACGAUCAGCCAUUCGAAGAUCCGUCGGCUCACUUUGUCCGCAACUUGACCCUGCGUUCCAAGAACAAUGAUAGAAUGGCCCAAGUGGCACAGGAUAUCACUGAGCUUCGCAAGACUGCCCUGAGACGGGAGCAAGAAAAGAAGGAAUUGGAGGAUGUCGUCGAGCAGGACAAGCUUGUUGAAAUCAGAAACCGCCGCCCGGUGAAGUUGCCCGACGUGUACCUCCGGCCUCCUUUGGAUGGAAAGCGUGUGCCUGGUGAAGUAGAGAUUCACCAGAAUGGUCUCCGCUACCUGUCGCCUUUCCGCAGUGAGCAUGUCGACGUGCUUUUCAGCAAUGUCAAGCACCUGUUCUUCCAACCCUGCGCACACGAGUUGAUCGUUCUCAUUCAUGUGCACCUCAAGACACCGAUCAUGAUCGGAAAGAGAAAGACUCGGGAUGUCCAGUUCUACCGUGAGGCCACCGAAAUGCAGUUCGAUGAGACUGGCAACCGCCGACGGAAGCACCGUUAUGGUGACGAGGAGGAGUUCGAGGCUGAGCAGGAAGAACGCCGACGCCGGGCUGCGCUCGACCGUGAGUUCAAGGCUUUUGCCGAAAAGAUUGCAGAUGCUGGAAAGGACGAAGGUGUAGAUGUCGAUAUCCCUUUCCGAGAGAUUGGAUUCACCGGUGUUCCCAACCGUUCCAAUGUCUUGAUCCAGCCCACUACCGAUGCUCUUGUGCAACUUACUGAGCCGCCAUUCAUGGUCAUCACGCUCAAUGAGAUUGAGAUCGCACACUUGGAGCGAGUGCAGUUUGGUCUCAAAAACUUCGAUCUCGUCUUUGUGUUCAAGGACUUCCAUCGGGCUCCUGUCCAUGUCAAUACCAUCCCCGUCGAGGCGCUGGAGGGCGUUAAGGAUUGGCUUGACUCCGUCGACAUUGCCUACACUGAGGGACCCCUGAACCUGAACUGGACCACCAUCAUGAAGACGGUCGUGAGUGAUCCGUACGGCUUCUUUGCCGACGGUGGUUGGUCUUUCCUGGCUGCGGAGUCGGACUCGGAGGGCUCUGAUGAGGAGGAAGAGUCGGCGUUUGAGCUUUCCGAUUCGGAGCUGGCUGCUGAUGAGAGCUCCGAGGAGGACAGCGAGUACGACGAAGAUGCUAGCGCUGAUGGGAGCGAGGAAGACUUCAGCGGCGACGAGGAGAGUGGUGAGGACUGGGACGAGCUAGAGAAGAAAGCAAAGCGUCAGGACAAGGAGGCUCGAAUGGACGAGGAUGACCGUGGUACCAAGCGCAAGCGCUAA